AAGGUGCACGCAGCCAUGUUUGGAAACACAUUUGUCGCCGAAGAAGCGUUCUCGAAGUAGCUACAAUUCUUUGUCGGGCAAUUUCUCUGGCGCUUUUCAACUGCCGCUCCACCUGGUAAUCUUGACUGCAGACGUUCGACCAAGUAAGAAACAAGAUGGAAGGCUCAGUAAUGAAACCUCAGUGUCCCUUCAGCAAGCCACAGAAUCUGAUCAAUUUCGAGUCUUCGAAGGAAGCUACGGAUAUCCUGCACAUGAAGGCUGAGGAUCCUGGCGUUUGUUCAGCCGUCGUCUGCAAAGGGUCUUUGAUGGGCUCCAGGAAAACGUUGUUGGAGAACAGGCCACCAAGCGAGGUGCUUCACCAAGCCAAGCAAUUUUUGGACGAAUACUACAAGGAGACCAAAAGGUUCGAGAGCAAGGAGCACCAAGCCCGCCUUCAGGAAGUGACCCAAGCUUUGAUCCGGACUGGUACUUACGACCUGACCACGGAAGAGCUCGAGUUCGGGGUCAAACUGGCCUGGAGGAACGCCCCUCGCUGCAUCGGUCGUAUCUCCUGGAACAAACUGCAUUUAUUUGACGGAAGGCACGCAACAACUACGAAGGAAAUGUUCGAAUUAUUGCUGCAACACAUUGACUAUGCAACAAACGGAGGCAACAUAAGGUCGACGAUCACCGUGUUUCCUCAGCGGAAGGUCGGACAGAGAGACUUCCGUGUCUGGAAUCUGCAGCUGAUCGCCUUCGCCGGGUACGAACAGCCCGAUGGGACCGUGAUCGGCGAUCCCGCCUACAAGGACUUCACCAAGGUUUGCCAGAAGCUGGGCUGGAAGGGCGCAGGUGGUCACUUCGACGUCCUGCCCUUGGUGGUCUCGACGCCCACAGGUGAACCGGAGUGGAUGGAAAUUCCCAAGGAGAAGGUUCUCUUGGUUGAUCUCAAGCAUCCAGAGUACGAAUGGUUUGAGGACUUGAAACUGAAAUGGUUCGGUGUUCCAGCUGUUUCCUCAAUGAUGCUGGACUGCGGAGGACUCCAGUUCCCAGCGGCGCCCUUCAACGGGUGGUAUAUGUCCACCGAAAUUGCUACUCGGGACCUUUGCGAUGUCCAGCGGUACAAUUUACUACCGAUGUUUGGGGAGAAGCUCGGCCUCGACACCAAAUCUCCAACCAGCCUCUGGAAGGACAAGGCGACCCUGGAACUUAACAUAGCUGUCUUACACUCCUACCAGGAGAAGGAGGUGACCAUCGUCGACCACCACACGGCUGCGGAGACCUUUAUGCAGUUCCACAGCAACGAACAUCGGCAGAGGGGCGGCUGUCCAGCCGACUGGGUGUGGAUCGUGCCUCCUAUUUCAGGCUCCCUGACGCCCGUGUUUCACCAGGAGAUGACGCUCUAUUACAUGAAGCCCUCCUACGAGUACCAGCUUCCAGCAUGGCAGGCCCUCGAGCGUCAGAACUAUUUGUUGAGCGGCGAGGCCAACAAAAAGGGCAACAGCCCUAUUCAGAGAUUCAGGAGAGCGGCACUGUGCGUCUACUUCGCUACGACCCUCUACGCUGGCGCCCUGGCCAAGAGAAUUCGCAUCGCCAUCAUCUACGCCUCAGAAACAGGAAAAGCCCAAGGAUACGCCAACAGCCUCUACGAUUCCUUCAGUCUCAGAUUCAAUCCUGAGGUCAUCUGCAUGGACGAAUAUGACGUCAGCAAACUGAGCAGUGAAACCAUGGUGGUCAUCCUGGCUUCUACAACUGGUGUUGGUGAACCUCCUCUGAAUGGAAAGGAAUUCACGAAAAUACUCUACGAGUUGAGAGAAAGGGACAACUCCGUCGGCUCCGAAGAGAAUAUCGUGUCGUUCUGGGACGACUACAACGAUAUCAAAGUCAAUGGCAUAAGGGCCGAAGCCAAAUCAGAGAGCGACAUCCCCAGCGAGACGAAGCUCCUGAAGAAGAACAGGGGCUUCUUCUCUCUCCUCGCCAGUCAGUUCCGUGAGAGGAAGAGCCGCGACGACGAGGAUGGCCGCGGUGUGGAAGGGUACCAACCAAACUUUUAUUACAACAGCGACGACAAUCUGGUCGACAGCACGGGCGGUGGUCUCGUCGCAAACCACGAUCCGGCUAGCGAUGUCACCUAUGCUGUUUUCGCUCUGGGAUCUACCAACUACAAGCACUUCUGCGCCUUCGGCAAGUACGUCGACAACCUCAUGUACACCCUCGGAGGAGACAGGAUCAUGGACUUGGCCUGCGGAGAUGAAAUGGAACAUCAGCUGGACACCUUCAAUUCAUGGGCGAGCCAGCUCUUGGAGGUUUGCUGUGACCGCUUCCAGGUGGAGCACUGUGCCCAAGAAGGCUCCGUAGCAAGUCAGGUCUCCAACAGCAACCAGGUCAAGUUUGCUGCACACAACGAGCCACCCAAAUUGACAAAUAGCUUUUCGACGCUACACAGGAAGAAGGUCGAAUCGUGUACUGUAACUGGAAGCCAGUCCUUAUUCGAGGAAGGAAAUAAGUGGUACCAUAAACUGACAGUUAACACCGGGAACAAUCCGUCUUUGCGAUACGAAGUAGGAGACAACAUUGGCAUCUUUCCCUCCAACAAUUCGUCCAUGGUGCUCGGUAUUCUGCAGAAGCUGGACAACUGCGAAGACCCAGAUAGAAUUGUGGAAGUUCUCGUACGCAAACAAGAAGGUGAUUCGUGGUUGCCUUAUCCGAACCUGCCUGUGGCCAGCAUCCGAACCCUUCUGGAGAGAUACCUGGACAUCACAUCGCCUCCAUCCCAAUCUGUGCUGAAGCUGAUGGCUGCAGUGGCAACCAACAACCAGGAACGAUCUCAACUGGACACUUUAGCCACGGACAUCGAUGCAUAUCGCACCUGGAGGAAAGAGAACUAUCCUAACCUGUUGGAGAUUCUGAAUGAGUUCCCCAGCGUGAGGAUGGACGCAGGACUCCUGCUGUGCCGCCUUCCCCUCUUGCAGCCACGUCUCUACUCUAUCAGUUCCUCGCCAGAUUUCGAAGAGGGAGAACUGACUCUCACAGUGGCCAGCUUCAACUACAGAACCCGAGGGGGCGAAGGGACGUUGCACGAGGGCGUCGGCACCUCCUACAUCAAGUCGUUGAAGCCAAGAGACAGAGUCGAGUUGUUCCACAAAAGUGCUCCCGAUUUCCACCUACCUGAAGAAGGAAGUUCCCCGAUCAUUCUCAUCGGCGCUGGCAGCGGCAUUGCUCCUCUUCGUGGAAUCUGGCAACACUACCAUUACCAGUACGACAUUAAUCAUACAGGUCAGCGGCGCAAAAUAACGCUUUACUAUGGGUGCCAGACCCGAGCUAGUGACCUUUAUGCUGAGGAAAAGUCUGCCAUGUGUCGAGCCAACGUAAUGAGUGAAGUACAUCUGGCAUUAUCCAGGGAGCCUGCGAUACCCAAGACUUACGUUCAAGAUCUGUUGCUUGGAAACGGGGAGGAAGUUUACAAAGAGUUGGUGGUGACAGGAGGACACGCCUACAUAUGUGGAAGUGAGGGCAUGGCAGAAGGCGUCUCCGCAGCCCUCUUGACCAUUAUCCAAGAUCAUGGAAAGAAGACUCUCGCAGAAGCUAGAAAUGUCAUUCAGAAGAUGAAGGAUGAACGUCGCUACCACGAAGAAGUUUUUGGCACCGGGUCGACGGUAUAGCACAAAGAUAGAAGAGAAAUAGGACCCUGACAAAAGUAGCUUUACCUGGGAUGAAAUCCUUUGUGGCCUGCGCUCUCCAUUCGAGAAUGAAAUGCGGAAGCAUGUUGUUAUAUACGUAAGGAAUGACGGACUUACCAGCCCAGCAGGUAACUCUGCUUGAUCUUAAGGCAACAGAAUUGGAAAUCAUGGAUGUUCUGUCAAAAAAAAAAAAAAAAAUUAAAAUAGAUUUUAAAAAAAUACAUUCCAGAGAAGAGGAAGUAUCACAGCCUCUGUAUUAAUUUGGGGUCAUCUAAAGACGACAGACAGAAAAAAAAAUUAUAUAAGCUUUUAAUUUUGUAGCAGCUCUACAUUUUUAAAGAAUUUACUUGCUAAUAAUUCAGACGGAACAUUUUACAAAAAAGGUCUUUGGUGAACAAUGAGCAAAAUAACUCUAGAGCAGAUUACAAUGCUGUGAACUUGUUCAAGAAGUUUCCACGAAAUUGAAAGCUUAUCAGAAAAAAAAGAGAGAAAUCUGUGUACGCACAUAAUUCAAAUGAAAACAGAAUUUAUAUAAUUGAUACUAAUGCAAAACAGUGAAUUUAUGGAUUAAGAAAAGUAACCAGAAUUAAAAGAAGACUUUGCAUUGGAAUUUCUAUACAGCAGUUCAAUGUGAUCACAGAAUUAUUACUCGACACUCUCAUAGGACUCUCCGGAAGGACUUGUUCUUAAAUUUCAUGAAUGAGAAGACCACAGAAGGAACGUCAAUUUUUAAGGCAGAAAACCAUACGGGAUUCUGCAAAGAGUAAAGAGCUAGUGUAUUGGUUUCGUGUACAAAUGACUGUACGCAAUAUCUUCUUGGUAUGGAACACUACCUUCCACCGACCUAGAAAUUUCCUAAUUCUUAAAAUUAUCUGUGAUAUCAAACAGAAUCUUGAUCAUUCUCUUAUUAGUAGCGUAAGUGUUUGAAUGCUGUUCUUUUUUUAGUUAUAGUGUACAUAGUGAAUCAAAUUCUGUCUUUGUAAACUACGCACACAUAUGUAAUAUCUAGCUGUUAUUCAGAUACAAAUAAAUAUAUUUUUUAAUUAAAA